CGGCACCCCUCUUUUUCUAGGAAGAUGUACUACGAUUAUUGUAAAUUGACUAUAACUCUUUAACAUCGUCAUAAUCUCCCCACUUCCCGUGCAUCCAUUUCAUUUCCACUUUUAUUACAUCAAUAGUUUAUGUUCUUCGCUGGAGAUGUCAAGGAGUUUGAAGUCCACCUCCUCCAUACAACGGUCACAACCAUGCCGUCGCUUCGAAUUUUCUGAAAUUCUGAUAGCAACUGAGAACUUUGACGAAUCAUUAGUAAUCGGGAGUGGAGGUUUCGGGAAAGUUUACAAAGGUAACGUAAUAUAUGGAUCACGUAUUGUUGUUGCUGCCAUUAAACGUCUGGAUUCCAUGUCCAAGCAAGGGGCGACAGAGUUCUGGGCAGAAAUUCAUAUGCUUUCGAUGUUGCGCCACUGUAAUCUUGUGUCUUUGAUUGGCUAUUGUAAUCAUGAAAAAGAGAUGAUACUCCUCUAUGAAUACAUGCCCAAUGGAACACUUGAUGAUCAUCUCCAUAAACUCAGAUCCCCUCUUUCCUGGCUUCAGCGACUCAACAUAUGCAUAGGUGCUAGUCGUGGGUUACACUACCUGCACACAGGUACCGGAAUCAAGUCUGGAGUUAUACAUCGCGAUGUAAAAAGUUCUAAUAUUUUAUUAGAUGAAUGUUGGGCUGCUAAGAUAGCAGACUUUGGGUUGUCAAAAAUAGGCCCAACGAAUCAGCCAUCUACUUAUGUUAAUACAAACGUUAAAGGCACUUUUGGAUAUUUGGAUCCCAAUUAUUACGCAACUGGAAAGUUGACAAGAAAGUCUGAUGUGUAUGCUUUUGGGGUGGUUUUGUUAGAAGUGUUGUGUAGAAAGUGUCCCGCAGAUAGAAGUCUAGAUGAGGGUUUAGUGACAUGGGUUCAAGAUUCUAUCAAAGAAGGGAAUUUAAAGCAUAUAAUUGAUUCGGAUAUAAAGGGUGAAAUAUCCCCAAAAUGUUUGAAGGAAUUUGUUAAAAUUACAGAGAGAUGUUUGCACAACAGUCCAAAACAACGACCUACCAUGGCGGAGGUCCUGUUUGGUCUUGAGUCUGCACUAGCUUUACAAGUGAAAUUCAAUAAUACAUUGCAAUCUACAGGCAAAACAAUGUUUGGUAGAAUGGCUAAUUUUUUUCCUUUCUCCUCUGGUAUAUCUAACUCCUUUUCAUUUGUGUUCACAUAUCCGACUUUGCUAGAGUAUUAGUGAAAAUAUGGUUUUAGAAAAGCCUGUAGGACAUAACUUUUAGACUUUAAAAUUCUCUUUUUUACGCAAUGAGAUGCCUGAU